CCGCCGCCCGUCCUCUCCCCGCAGGGCCGGCUGCUCUCCGGGCUGCGCUGGAGCCGGCUGGAGGAGCCCCUGGGUUUCAUCAAGGUGCUGGAGUGGCUCUUUGCCAUAUUUGCCUUUGGAUCCUGUGGCUCUUUCAGUGGGGAGACGGGGGCUACUGUGAAAUGCAAUGGCAAAAACCAAGAAAUGACUGCCAUCUCCGUGCAGUUUGGAUAUCCCUUCAGGUUAUACCAGAUUCCAUAUGAAAUGCCUGUCUGCGAGGAAGACGCUGAGAAAAGGACACUACAUCUCAUGGGGGACUUCUCAGCUCCAGCCGAGUUCUUUGUGACUCUGGGGGUCUUCUCCUUCCUCUACAGCAUGGCAGCCCUGGUGGUCUAUCUGCGAUUUCAUUCUCUCUACGUCGAGAAUAAGAGGCUUCCCUUCGCAGAUUUCUGUGUCACUGUCUCAUUUACCUUCUUCUGGCUGGUGGCAGCUGCAGCCUGGGGCAAAGGCCUAUCGGAUGUGAAGGGAGCCACGCGGCCAUCUAGCCUCAUCGCUGCCAUGACGGUGUGUCAUAUCCAGGAGAGUGUCUGUAAUGCUGGGGCCACUCCCUCCAUGGGGCUGGCCAACAUCUCUGUGCUCUUUGGCUUCAUCAACUUUAUCCUGUGGGCUGGAAAUUGCUGGUUUGUGUUUAAAGAGACCACAUGGCAUGCGCAAGCCACCAGCAAGGAGAGCUCUGCAGAAGAAGGAGCCAUCGACAAGCAAUGAAGUACCUCCUCUCCCACCCACCCUGGUCCCAAGGCGUCCCCACCCCGAAUGGACAGCACCUUGUCUCACACACACAAACACAUGCCCAUCCCACUGCUGAGCCUCAACGGGAGUUGCAUCCUCUGCGAUCCUUGUUGAGGCCCAUGGUCAUGCCAGCAUCCCUCUUGGGCAUUAUGAGAUGCCUGCCUUUAAGUGGCUGGCAGGCAGAAGCCCUGUCAUAGUCCCAGGUAUACUUAACUUGUAGCAGACUCCUAGUGGCUACCACAAAACUUGUGUUUUCUUUAGCAGGGUUUUUCUUUCUUGCUCUAUAAACAUCAUUUCCUUUUUCCUGUGUUCCUGGCUUCCCUCCCCAGAGCAUGAGGUCGCGUGGAACUUCUGCCCACAGCUGGUAUGACAAGCCAAUUCGGCUUUUAGAAGCCGUGGCAGGUCACUUGCUAGUGAAAGCAAAGGGGUUGAAGAGACCUAAGUCAGGGAGACUGCAGGAGCCCAGUCAUCUUGGCACCUCCUUGUGCAAAAGCACCCCCGGUGCAGAGGCAGUCUUGUCCCUGCCUCCGUGCUCCCCUAGGACCAAGGCAGAGGGAGUAAAGGUGCAGGUGGGGAAGAGGGAGAAUAUGCUGUUAGGGGGGGCGGGUAUGUAUCUCUUCCUCCCUUUUGCCUGAAGCCUUCUUAUCUCCUCAGGGAAGCUGAUGGAGGGUUUUCAGCUGCUUUUCUGCUCCUGUGUGGCUCAGAGGGAGCUCAUUAUUUAGGCCAGUUAAAUCAGUGUGCCAGCAGCUUAAUGCCUGUGACAUCCUUUGCCAGUGGGACAUCAUCUCGCCUAUGCAGGGCAGGGACCUACAUAGUAUUUUCCAUUCUCAAGCAAGGGGGAGUCUUUUUCUUAGGCAGGUGCCCAGCUCGUUCCUCUUCCAAAGUGGCCUCUGCAGAAGGAACUGAUAUUGCUUCCCACCCGGAGCCACAUGUCCAUUAAAGGCUGCCUCUUCCCCAUGUCUGAGGAAUAUCCCUGGGCCUCCUACCCCUCUUUAUCAGCCCUCCAAGGAGUUGGAAAUUUCAGGUCCCAGUGGGGCUUGCAGCAGGACAUGGACACUGUCUGAUGCCCUAAGCCACAGAGCCUUGCAUGACUUCUGGGAUACAUUUCUGUAGUUUGUUGAUCUAAACUGAUGACACUUUGCUCCAAGGAGAAAAAAUCUUGGCAAGGCAGUAACAGUCUCGUUAGGUUUCACAUGGGCACCAGCAAGAUGGGAGUGUGUUCAAGGAGAAAGUUUAGAGCCCUGGACAGAUGUAACAUUUCCACAGAGGUCACUGACAUGACACUUGUGUGAAAAAGUUGUGGAUGAAUGAUGCCUAGGCUGGGGUAACUGCCUGAUCUGCUGCAGAAUUAGCCCUGAAAGAAUCAGGGGUAAAACUUCACCCGUGUAGGCUACCCCAGUUUAGGUGUCCUUUAGCCAGGUCCAUCCUGGGGUAGUCAGUCAUUUCCUGAAGGCAAAUAGGCUGUUAUUGCUAAUUUGGCACCUAGUGUGAUGGUGCCAGAAUAGCUUCCUACUAUGUGAGCUACCCCAGGAUAGCUCCACAUCUGUCCAUUCCAGGGCCUGGUGUAGUUUACAUCAGUAUAUAAAAUCAAUGUGAAUUACACUGGAGUAUUCAUCUGCCCACGCCCAAGGCCAUUAGCAUUUUCCUUGUCUAGCUGCAUGAUAACAGACUGCUUAAAUCAGUGGCAUUUUCCCACCUGCAUCCUGUGAUCUGGAGCUCCGUGGCAGCUUGAUGGGUCACCAAACCCAGGAACAAGACUAUUGCUAGUCUUUCCAGCCAAUGCAGCAUAGGCAGCUGGCCCUGGAGCCCAUUGGCACUGUGAGGCCUGAUCUCUUCUGGCAGGGUUCUGCCCAGAGCUUUUGGGCAGAAGGGAAGGUAGGCACUGGCAGCACAGAUCCCAAAGACAAGGCAUAUUUAGCACUACAUUAAUCUUUCUUUUCUGUUGUGCUGUUUCCUUAACAACUGCUGUAGUUUUCAUUGGCUUGUACGCCUCUUCCACGGGUGGGAAUAGGAUGGGGUAGAGGAGGAUGGGACUAACAACAGGGCUCCUCGGUCUUAUGUUUUUUUUCUUACAUAUCCAUACUCCUCACCCAAUCUUCCCAAACAAAGCAGCCCUCUGCUGGACAUCCGAUCAGGGGUUCUGAUGGCUUCUCUUCCUGCCUCUUGCUCAUUGUCCUAGACUGUCUGAAAUCCAUGUAAAGCAGCUUUUUUAGUGCCUUAAAACCUUUACUCCUUGAGAACCUUGAGGCACUGCUGUGUAUAGUGGGAGCCGUGUACCUCCCCUUCAGGGCACUGCAAUGCAUGAUGAGGGGUAUAUACUUUCCCUUCAGGCAGGGGCCCAGUAAUUCAGAUCCCACUCCAAAUCUUCUGCCUUAGGUCUUUUUAGUCUUACUCCCUUUUCUUCCCCCCCCCGCGACAUGCUGGGGAGGGGGCUCCCCUUUGCUGAAGGAGACACUGAUGUUAAUGGUGCUUUGUUAGCUGUGGGACCUUCUGUUCAGCAAAGACCCCAUUUCUACAUAUGUUGUAAGUUCCCCUUCCUCUUCCUCCUGGAAUGAUUUCCAGGGGCCCCCACCCUCCCUCCACUGCAACCGUCUUACAGAGUCAUCUGGCAGCAACAGAGCUGCAGAGGAUCGGAUACCACUGUUUAACAGGAGCCCCUUCUCUGCAGCACAGUGUAGUGACCCUGUUGUGUGCUUCUCAGUCUGUUGCCUUGAAAAGCCCCAGGAAACAAGGGAACCCAAUGGUCUACGGCCCGUGGUGUUUCUCCGGCCCAACGGCUAGGUGGGAAACCUCUUAGUUCUUCAUGGUGUUUGCAGUUCCUGGGCAUAAGUCAAAUGUUAGCUGCCAGGAGGCAGGAAGACACUUCCCCUCUGGUCAAGCUGUCCCAUAAUUGUCCCGUGUAGGGUUCCUUGCAUCUUCCUUUGAAGCAGCUGAUACUGGAGACAAGGGUCCAGACCAGACAGACAAUCAGUCUAAUCUGGAAGGGCAGUUGCUAGCUGCUGUAGCUGAAACCCUCCACGCUUCCAUACCACAACAACUGAACAACCGAAGCUCCACCAACACAAAUGAUUCCUGCUUUGCCUUUGUCCCUUUUUGCUAAUUUUGGAUGAUAGCUGAGGGCAGUCCUCAGCUGGUAUAAGUCACCGUGGCUGCACGGAGGUCAGCAAGUAAUGGUGACUGACACCAGCUGAAGAGCAGGCCUCUUUGAGCAUGAGUCACAGCAGGGAACUAUGCUGCUCUGUAUCUUGCAGGAGCCCAGGGUUUGUGUGAGCUGGCUCCUGUCCAUGCCAAGGAGGGAGGGAUGAAUCUCUCUGUCUUUAUUUUUCUUAUCACUGAUUAGUAAUAACGGCUCCAGGUACAGGAGAAAAAGAGAAAGUAUUUCUCUGUAUUUUUAACCCCAGCCCUCAUGCAGAAGCAGGGUCUGUGAAUGACGUAUACUGUGAGUUUUGUUUUGUUCCGUGUCUGUAUUUAUUUAUUUGAAAUGGGAAAUAUAAAGUAUUAUAUAUUUUUCUGCUUAGUGGCGCUAAGAUUGGCACCGCCCUCUCUGCCCAGUGCUGGAUGCGGGGACUGGAACUGUUGAGUAGUAUUUGUUUUACCCUCUGAAAAUUAACAGAGCCCAUAGGCAGCCGUAGCAUUAGGGGUGCCAGACUCAACCCAGCCCGCAGUCCUGCAUUAAUGAUUCCCACUGAGCUUGCCUUGCAGAAUCUGGGCCUGCUCUUCAAUGCUGCUCAUGAUACAGCCCUGUCCUGGGACAGAGAUCUGUGUCAGGCUAACCUCCAGCAGAUGUGGGGACCACUGGGACAGGUCACUUGGAAGAGGGGGAGGAACCAAUCUUACCUAGCGCCAGCUUUGCAUUCUCCUGUAGACCAGGGGUGUCAAACUUGACCAGCCCCCUGGGCUGGACCCGGACUCGGACCCCGGGGCUCCUCAUGGGCUGGAUCUGGGCCUGGUGGUAGGGUGAGUGGUGAGGGCACAGGGGUUGUUAACAUAACCAUUGUUCUUCUGCCCGUUGUAACUUCUGUCACUGACACAUGUCACCACCAGGACUCGGUACACACAAAUUCAGCAAUGGGCUAAGGUGGGGGGACCAGGUUAUAAACCCUGGGCACCAAGUUGUGGGGAGGGCACAAAAACAGCAGCCACUGAUACUUCCCCGUGUACCCCCACCACACAGAGUAUAGAGGUGCCCAGGUGUGUCGGUGGCAGUGGACCCUGGCCCAAAUUUCCAGCCUUCUUAGGAGCCCCGCAGGUCGGGUCAGAUGCAGCCUUAUCUUUGACACCCCUGCUGUAGACUGUUAAAAGCCUCUGCUGAAUUUCUUCUUUGGGGAUAGUGAGGGUGUCAGGCUUGGCAGGAGUGAGUAGCCUUGAAUGCGUGUGAAUCUGGGGAAGGGGGAGGAACAUGUUCACCAAAGGAAUCACUCUCUAACCCUCUUGGCUACUGCUAAAGCCAGCAAUUGCACUAGGAGUGGCUGGGAGGGGCAGCACCUCAGGAAUUAGCUCUCCUCUGGGGAGUGAAUGCUCCAGGCCCUUGCACUGACUAUCUGUUCUCUGGCGAGCCCGACCUCCCUCCCAGGCCUGGCCCCUCUUUGCGAGAUUAUGUUGCAUGUUUUUCUGGUGCUUGUUAUUAUGGCUUCAAAUAAAAAAAGGCAUCAUGAGGGUUUGCUAUGAAG